AUGUACGCGACGAACACAGUAUUACCGUCAAAUCAUGACAACGCAAGUACAGAAGAUAAUAAAAUUCUAGAAGCAUCACCUCCAUCUGCAGUUUCCCAUAUGGGUAGACGGCGAAUGAGUUGGCAUGCUAUUAAACGUAACGACUCCACAGCAAACGAACAGUCAUUAAAAUCCCUUAUUAAUGCAGCCGGUGUCGGGAACAUCAUGGGGAUUUCAGGAAGCCUACCAACAUCAAAUGAAGCGCAGUUAGAUCAGAUCAUACCCAAUUUUGUAUCAAAGCAAGUACGCCGAGUUUGUUAUCAAAUGUGCGCCGAAGUAGCACUUAAAGCAGAUGGUGGAUCACAAGAUCCACUAGUUAUUCCACCCCUAGUGCCAAGUGCAACCGAGGCUUUUGCAGCCGUAGUCAUGGUUGAUGUCAGUGGAUAUUCCAAGCUCACUGCUGUUCUUGCCGAGCGUGGUCCGAUCGGAGCAGAGUUGUUGACACGAACAAUGAAGGGAUAUCUUGACAAGAUUAUUCAAACCAUUGUUGCACACGGAGGAGAUAUAGUUAAAUUUGCAGGCGAUGCUGUUAUUUUCUGCUGGAAAUCUGAAAAGGCCACAAACCUAACAGAGGUGAGUAGAGAUAAGAUCAGAGGAGAGCUAGUGUACAAGGCAUCACAUUGCUGUUUGACUCUCUUGACAAAACUUGGCACCUACGACAUAGACAUUGAAGACUGUCCAACAAAAAUCCUUCGAAUUCACUUGGGUAUUGGCGCUGGACUCGUAUAUGAUGUGCUAGUUGGUGGCGAGCCAGGUCGUUGGGAACAUUUUAUUGCAGGAGAUGGUGUAAAUCAACUAUCUCAAGUAUUGGAUCUCGCAAAAGCAGGCGAACUUGCCUUGUCACAUCAAGCACUCAAAUGGCUGGCGUGUGUAAUUGAUAUUGCUACUGUGAAUCUUGGAGAUUAUGAUAAACGAUGCAUCAUUCUCACUGGUCUAGAAAAAGCAGUUCGAAAAGGUCACGCACCACCCGAUAUUGAAGAUGAAAUCAUCUUCAAGAAUACACGUCAAAUGGAAGCAAAUGUAGACCUAUACAAGUUGUUUGUGGACCGAACUGCAUUGUUUAAACUUCAAGCAGAUAUCAACCAAUCACGUUUAUUUCAAAUGGACGCCGGUCUUUUGGAUUUAUUAAAUUUGACAGAAUUGCGACAAGUCACAACUAUUUUUAUCAAAGUUGGAUCGCUGCAGGUUGUUCAUCGUAAUGAUAUUUUGGACGAGUCACAACGCGCCAUUUCGAUUGUACAAACGGCACUCCAUCGAUGCGAAGGAAGUCUUCGGCAGUUUCAUGUGGAUGACAAAGGAGCAGUGAUUUUGUGUUUUUUUGGACUACCUCCGCUUGCACAUGAAAACGAUGCGUGUUUGGGGAUUAAAGCUGGAAUUGAGAUUCGUGACAAGUUUUUAGAUAUAUUUGAUGACUUUUCCAUGGGCAUCACUACUGGUGUAGUGUCAUAUGGUGGCGUAGGAAGCGGUGGUAGAGCCGAAUACGCUGUGAUGGGUGAUUCAAUUAAUAUGGCUGCCCGUUUGAUGUGUCAUACUGAGGCCGCAGAAGGCAUUCUGUGUGACGAAAAAACAUAUAACCUAUGCUGUUCAGACUAUACAUUUCAAAAUCUUGGCGAAACAAAAGUAAAAGGAAAAAACUCGGCUAUAUCUAUAUUUCGACCCAUUGUUCCAGUUCCUGAAUCCAACAAGAACAAAACAAACCAAAAUGCCGCACUUUCUAUAGCCGCCGAAGUUAUUGGCCGUGAAAAAGAGCGAAAAAGUUUGUUGGAUUCGCUGGAGCGAAUGAAGACGGCAACAGUUUCAGAUGUCAUGAUUGUCAAGGCCGAUGGUGGCCAAGGAUUGUCAACAUUGAUUGCAUAUACAAAAGAAGAGGCUACCAAACAACAAUGUCACGUAUGGAUUGUUACUAAAUAUCAGUUUGCUCUAUAA